AUGGGCUCCAAGAUGAUGACCGCUUCCGUGUUCAUCUUCCCCGGGAUCCUCAUCUGCCUGGCGCUGCUGUCCCUCCUUGGCUGGCAAGAAGACCCUCGCUCCUUCACGAUUGACCACGACAACAACGUCUUCCUGCUCGACGGGGAGCCGUUCAGAUAUGCUGCGGGAGAGGUGCUGUACAGCCGCAUACCGCACACCCACUGGCGGCCUCUGCUGAAGCUCAUGCACGACGGGGGGCUGAACGCCGUAUCGAUGUACGUUCCCUGGAGCUUCCACGAGAUACGGCCGGGCGAGUACGACUUCGCCACUGGUGACCGUGACAUAGUGCGGUUCAUCGAGACUGCUGCCGAUGAGGGGCUGUUCGUGCUGCUGCGCCCUGGCCCUUAUAUCUGUGCUGAAUGGUGCGGUGUGCACACACACGUCCACAUGCGCGUGCUUGCAUGUGUCCAUCCAUGUGUGUCAUACUUACACGUGUGCAGGGACCUGGGCGGGCUGCCCACGCGGCUGCUGGCAACGGACAUGGAGAUCCGCACAUCGGAUGAGCGGUACAUGGCCGAGGUGCGCAGGUGGUUUGGCGCCCUGAUGCCCCUGAUGAAGCCCCUGCUGUACGCCAACGGCGGGCCGAUCAUCAUGGUGCAGGUGGAGAACGAGUACGGGAGCUACCCUGCGUGUGACAAGGGGUACAUGAGCGCCAUGGAACAGAUGCUCAGGUGAGGAUGAAACAUGUGACACACGUAAGGAAGAGGGAGAGAGACAAUGCAUCUGUGUGCUCUGGGUCCGUGUCCAGGGGGUACCUUGGUGACGAUGUGGUGUAUUACACGACAGACGUCCCUGACGAGCGGAACCUGGAGUGUGGAUCGACCAACACCUCAUUCACCACAAGUUAGCGACCUCACAGCAGACAUGACUUCGUUCCAACCUCUCCCUCCCCGUUUGUUGUUCAGUUGACUUUGGUCCGUCCAGGAUGGAAGAUCUUGAUGAGAUGCAUCGGCUGUGGCGGGAGUUUCAGCCCACUGGGCCUUUUGUCAACUCAGAGUUGUACUCAGGUGCGUGUGUGCUGAUAGGAGGAGCCGUGAUACAACAGCGCACUCUGUCUGGAUGUCUGUGUGUGGCUGUCUGUGUGUACGACAGGCUGGUUCGACCACUGGGGUGAAGAGCAUCACACUGUCAAAUCGGAAGUGAGUCAGCGAACCCAUGCACACAUCGAACAAAGCAUUUAUUGCUCGCUCUUUCUUUCUUUGUCGACUCACAGGACCUGCUGUCCAUCUUCAAGACCAUAUGGGGUGACGACUACGAUGCGUCAGUGAGCUUUUACAUGUAUCACGGCGGCAGCAACUACCUCUGGAACGGCGCCAACAUCGACAACGGCACGUACAAGCCCACCACCACUUCCUACGACUAUAACGCACCCAUCGACCAAGCUGGUGGGCACUCGCUGACAAUCGCCAUUCGGUAUUGCGCGAAUAUCUGUAUGUGUCUGCAGGUCGACCCACCGAUAAGUGGUUCUUGCUGCAGGAGGUGCUGGUGCCUGAGGAUCAGCGGGUGACCCCGACCUGGCCCAAGACUGCCGAGUACGGCAAUGUGGAGUUCGAUCAAGUGGCUUACCUCACUGACGCAAUGUGAGUGACCGACACGAGCUACCUGAAGUGUCCAUCCAUCCAUGUAUCCUUUCUCCCCCUUCAGAGCGAACUCCACUGGCAUUUCGUCGAUCAAGAUGGCGGAGCCCCUGUCCCUGGAGUCGGCCGUCAGCGACCUGGGCAUCCCCUCACCCGGCCACCCCAUCACCCUCGUCGCAUACACACACACUCUGGCCACCAGCACUCUCAACAGGGGCAACGGCACAGAGGGAGGCGUUGGUGUGCUGAGCCUGUGUGGCGUGCAUGAUCUGGCUGUCAUCUACCUGGAUUGGCAGCUGCAGGUACGUGUGACGGCGUGCAGUACUGUGUCUGUAGGUGAGUGUGGCGCGUUGUGGGCUGUGUGUGCAGGGCACUGUGAGUCGUGUGAUGGAGAUGAGCAUGGGCAACUCUUCUGCAGCGGCGGAAGGCGCUGCAGCUGCUGGAUGUGAUGAUGUUGAUGCAGGGACAGACAGCGCAUCCAUCAGCAUCACCUUCCCACCAGACCAGGUACACAACGCAGGCAGCCCACAACCGAAUGGCGACAUUCCCAUGUGCACGGCCAGGCCGCCUCGCAUCACGAGCUGCUGAUCAUCGUCGAGAGCCUGGGCCACAUCAACUACGUCGGGUGGAAGAACCUACCGCGACAUGGGCCAAACCCCAUGACACUGGACAAGAAAGGUAAGACACAUACAACACACCGCACUCGCCAUGUCACACGCCCACUUGUUUGUUGCUGUUUCUCUCUCUUUCUCCCCCUCCCAUGCAGGCCUGACAUCGUCGGUGCUGCUCGACGGACAUCUUCUCACUGGCUGGACCACACAACCCAUCCCCCUUUCAGCUGACUUCAUCUCCUCGCUCCCCUUCACACCUAUCGCACACAAGCAGCAGCAGCAGCAGCAGCAGCAGAAGGAAGGCCGCCAUUUCGCGCUUUUCCGGGGCACGAUCGACAUGCCGGCACAGUAUGCGGGUCAGGAGGAGCUGCCCGACACCUUCCUUGAUGUGGGCGAGCGCAAUGGCUGGCGCAAGGGCAUGGCAUUCGUCAACGGCUUCAACGUCGGCAGAUACUGGCCUCAGGUGAGAGCCACCCAAAGCCUCGUUCGAGCGUGGAGCCUUCACCCAUUGCCGUAUGUGUGUUUGUCGUGUGUGCAGGUGGGUCCCCAGGAGCGUCUGUUCGUGCCGGGGAGUGUGUUGCGUGCAGGCGAGCCCAACGAGGUGGUCCUGCUCGACACCGACGGACCGCAGACGGCCGGCGGCUCCCUCAACGCCCCGCUCGUGGCAGACCCUGAUCAGUCAUACUUUUCCUGAGCUAUCCAUGCGUGUGUGAGCGGUUGGUGUCCAUCCAUCCCCGUUUUUCGGUGGAAGAAGGAUGGCUGCAUGCAUGUACCCAUGUGUCUUCACGUUUUUGGCGUCGUCCUUCUGGAUAGCCGCAUGGCGCUGUGUCUGUAUGAGUCUAC